UGCUGUAAAUAUUUUACAAAAUUGUAUGUCAAGUUGCCGUUUUUGCGUUUAGGUUACCAGCUGUUAAACAUUAAUGUUUUGGGGAAAAUCUAAGGCGCAGACAACAGACCAGACUAUGUCUAGUACUACUCCGAGAAUUCCGGAAUCAACAGCUCUGUUUCAGAACUGUGAAGUUUUGACCACGGAAUGGGGAAGCAGAGUCUAUCUACUGGGUACCAAUGGGUUCUGCAAAAAAUGUCUGCUUAAUAUUUCAAAGGUUAUCCAACAGCUUCAGCCCAGUGUUGUUUCCUUGCAAUGCUGCUCUACCAGAUUAGAUGACAUAAAGUUAAAUGAGGAGGAUGCUCUUAGGAAACUUCAGAUAUCUUCAGUGUCUCUUUAUCUGAGGAUGUUAUUGACAACACUGCUUGGUAAUGGACUUGUCUCAGCCUUGCUCUUCAAACAAACAGUGUUGAAUUCCCAGCAGUCAGGACUGGCAUCAGAGGCAGAUUUCAGACGAGCUUUGACAGAGGUGAAGAAGAUUCCAAAUUGUAAACUUCAUCUGGCAGAUAUACCAGUGGAAGUACUAGAGGAGAAGUCCUGGGGUGUUCCUGGUGUGAGGGAGAAGUUAACCUAUGCCAGGAGAUUGUAUGAAAAACAGCAAAAACAACAAAGCAGCCCUGAGGAUGAACAUGAUAGGGAGUCUGACAAAGAGUAUAGACAGUGUGAAAUAGAGAGGGAAUUCAGUUCCUUACCAGCAUUCAAAAGAAUCUUCAUCAGUGACAGAAACAGAUAUCUAACUUACUCACUGAAGAAGGCUGCAGAGCCUACUCCAGCAGAUAAAACACCAGUUGUGUUAGGAAUAGUGCGAAAUGAACAUGUGGAAGGAAUUAAAGCUAACUGGGACACGGUAGAUCUAGAUGCAGACAAACUAGCAACUUUAGAGAAGAAUUAUGCGCUGUACGAAGGCUUGAAGUAUGGUGCUGUGAUAAUGACAAUCACCUUUUUUUAUACAAGAAGACUGCGCAAUAGAAAAGCCUGGGACAAUUAUUUCAAUGUAAAAAGACGCUAACAUGAUCUCUUAAAAUUUUCAUACAACAUAUUAUAGUAAAUAAAUGUAUUCAUAAUA